AUGGGCAGUAGGGGAAGAAUUGCUGAGGAUACUAACAAGAUUGCCAACGGGAUGCCGAGUUACGCUCCUCCAUUGCCACCGCCUAAUUCCUUGGGCAUGGAAGGAACUAAUAUUCAUCCUUCUCGAAUUUCUGAUUUUGGAGCCCUUGAACAAUCUCUAGGAUUUCGUGUCGAGGAUGCCAUGAAUCUUAGCAGAAAUCCAGUGUUUAAUCAAAUGAAAGCAAAUAGCCAAGCUUUAGGUGCUGAUAUUCAAUUUGGUGCUCUAAGUAAGUUACAGUCAAUUGUAAACUCGCAUAUAAACCUCUCUGCUGUAAUUGCUGGAUCUCAGACAUUGCAAAUUGCUGGAUCUCAGACAUUGCAACAACAAAAAGAGUCGCAGUCAAAUUUGGCUUCAACAUCUGGCGGCCAUCGCGAGAACUGGGGAGAGUCCAACAUGGGUGAUGGAAGCCCUGAUACUUCAACAGAUGAUACAGAAGACAAAAAUCAAAUGCCUGAAAGGGGAGAAUCAAGUGAAAGAUCAAAAGAUAAAUCAGAUCAAAAGACGUUAAGACGGUUAGCUCAAAAUCGCGAGGCUGCCAGAAAAAGCCGACUGAGGAAAAAGGCAUAUGUGCAACAGUUAGAGAGCAGUAGGCUGAAACUGACCCAACUGGAGCAAGAGCUACAGCGAGCACGCCAGCAGGGGAUUUUUAUUUCAAGCACUGGAGAGCAGACUCAUUCGAUGAGUGGAAAUGGGGCGAUGGCGUUCGAUGCAGAAUAUGCACGAUGGUUAGAAGAGCAUAAUAGGCAAACCAACGAGCUAAGGGCUGCAAUAAAUUCUCACGCGGGAGAUAUUGAACUUCGCACCAUUGUGGACAAUUUCAUGACUCAAUUUGAAGAUAUCUACAGGCUGAAAGGUGUUGCAGCAAAAGCUGAUGUUUUCCACAUUCUAUCAGGAAUGUGGAAGACUCCAGCUGAGAGGUGUUUCAUGUGGAUUGGAGGCUUUCGGUCAUCCGAAAUUCUUAAGCUUCUUGUAAGUCAUUUGGAGCCUUUAACCGAGCAACAAUUAAUGGGCAUCUACAACUUGCAACAGUCAUCUCAACAGGCCGAAGAUGCUCUUUCCCAAGGAAUGGAUGCUUUGCAGCAAUCACUUUCUGAGACUUUGGCUAAUGGUUCACCCAACCCAUCAGGUUCUUCUGGAAAUGUGGCUAACUACAUGGGCCAAAUGGCUAUGGCCAUGGGAAAGCUCGGUACUCUCGAAGGGUUUCUUCGCCAGGCUGAUAAUCUGCGGCAGCAAACACUGCAACAGAUGCUUCGGAUAUUAACAACCAGGCAAUCAGCUCGAGCUCUUCUUGCAAUAAGCGAUUAUUUCUCCCGGCUACGAGCCUUGAGUUCUCUAUGGCUUGCGCGGCCAAGGGAGUAA